AUGAGAGUUGAGAUGAAGUUAUGUUUGUUGUUGUUGUAUUUGUUUGUGUUGAAUGGAAUUGUUUCUGGAGAUAGCGAUACCUUCGAUGUGGUAAAAUACGGUGCCCGAGGGGAUGGAGUGCAUGAUGAUAGUAAGGCCUUUCUAGCAGCAUGGAAGGCGGCAUGCGAAUCCUCAGGUGCGGUGAAGGUUCUGAUCCCGAAAGCCAACUACAUGGUCGGUCCUGUUAAGUUUUAUGGCCCCUGCGAUAAAGUAAAAUCCAUCACCGUCUACAUGAAGGGUUACUUGAAGGCCACAACUGACCUAAAAGAUUACGGAACUUAUGACUGGAUUACAUUUGGAUUCGUGGAAGGAUUGACAUUGACAGGAGGUGGGACUUUUGAUGGCCAAGGAGCUGCAUCAUGGUCCUUUAAUAGUUGUCGUCUCAAGAAAAAUUGCCAAGUUCUUCCUACGAAUCUGAAAUUUGUUUCACUGAACGACACGGUUGUUAGAGGCAUAACAUCGUUGAAUAGCAAGUUUUUCCACAUGGGAUUGGUUGAUUGCAACAACUUCAUGGGGAGAGAUCUGAAGAUAACGGCCCCAGAAACGAGUCCCAACACUGAUGGCAUCCACAUUGAGCGUUCCACUACUGUCAGCGUGUAUAGUUCAAUCAUCGGAACGGGAGACGAUUGCAUCUCCAUCGGACAUAGCAGUUAUGACAUCACCAUCAGUGGGGUGACUUGCGGGCCGGGUCAUGGCAUCAGCAUUGGAAGCUUGGGAAGAUACGAGAAGGAAAAAGACGUAAACGGAAUUGUGGUGAAAGACUGCACCAUCACCGAAACAAUGAAUGGGGUUAGGAUCAAGACGUGGGAGGACUCACCGGUGGGAAGCCAAGCCUCCAACAUGACAUUCAAUAACAUAGUGAUGCACCGCGUGAGCAACCCCAUCAUAAUCGAUCAGACAUAUUGUCCCUAUACUUCUUGUACAUCCGCGUCAUCAUCUCGCGUAAAGCUCAAGGACAUAUAUUUCAAAAACAUCAGAGGAACAUCAACCACUCCUGUGGCAGUGUUGCUGGAAUGCAGCAAAGGCCUACCAUGCGAGAAUGUCUUCCUUGAAAAUAUUCACUUAGAACUAUCUCCUGGAGGUGGACCCACCAAUUCCACCUGCGAAAACGUCAAACCACAAUACAGCGGCACCCAGAUUCCUCCGCCAUGCAAUACGUAA